AUUGAACUACCUUUUUUGGUUUCUUGCAAGCUGAACCCUAAUGAUAACUUUUUUCAGGUUCUCAGCAAAGGUCAGACACUGGGUCCUGCUGGAAUUUUAGUUGCACUGAGGAAUCCUGGUUCAGAGGUAAACAUCCAAGCCACAAUCACUCAACCUGGAGGAAAGUAUGCCUUUUUUAAAGUACUUCCUGGGAAAUAUGAAAUCUUUGCUUCUCAUCCUACAUGGAUGUUGAAAAAGACUAGUACAACUGUACGAGUGACCAGUUCCAAUGCUUAUGCUUCUGGCCCUUUGGUUGUAGCGGGUUACAAUGUUUCAGGAUCUGUCCGGAGUGAUGGAGAGCCCAUGAAAGGUGUAAUGUUCCUCCUUUUUUCUGCAUCAGUGACUAAGGAGGAUGUUGUGGGCUGCAACACCUCUCCAGUGGAAGGCUUUCCUGAAAGGGAUGAUUCCCUUGUCUAUCUCUGCAAUGUCAUAUCCAAAGAGGAUGGCUCCUUUACCUUCCUGUCUUUGCCUAGUGGGAAAUACACUGUAGUACCUUUUUACAGAGGAGAGAGAAUUACUUUUGACGUUGCUCCAUCUAGACUGGAUUUUGCAGUAGAACAUGACAGUUUGAAAAUUGAGCCUGUCUUCCACGUUAUGGGCUUCUCAGUUACAGGUAGGGUUCUGAAUGGUCCUGAAGGUGAAGGUGUUGCAGAUGCUACUGUUAUGCUGAACAGCCAAAUUAAAGUUACCACAAAGCCAGAUGGUUCUUUCCGCCUUGAAAAUAUAACCACUGGCACAUACACCAUUCAUGCCCAGAAAGAGCAUCUCUUCUUUGAUACCAUUAUGGUGAAAAUUGCACCAAACACUCCCCAGCUGGCUGACAUCAUAGCAACAGAAUUCAGCGUGUGUGGACAAAUCUUGGUAACCCGUUUUCCUGACUCUAUCAAGCAGAUUAACAAAUACAAGGUGACUAUGUGGCCCCAAGAGAAGGACAAAGCAGUGUUGGUGACUACAGAAACUGACACUCGUGGGGUGUUUUGCUUCAAGGCAAAGUCAGGCUCAUAUGUUAUCCAGGUUAUUGUUCCUGAAGCAGAAGCCAGAGCAGGUCUUGCUUUGAAGCCCAAAACAUUUCCUGUGACUGUUUCCUCUAAGCCAGUGCUGGAUGUGACCUUCUCCCAGUUCCUGGCCUCUGUCUCAGGGAAAGUCAUCUGCUUAGAUGCUUGUGGUGAAUUGACAGUGACUCUUCAGUCUGUGACCCGUCAGGGUGAAAAGCACAAUCUCCGACUUGCUGCAAAGUCCAACUCAGUGACUUUCAUAUUUGAAAAUGUACUUCUGGGCAAAUAUAAAAUGAGUAUUAUCCAUGAGGACUGGUGCUGGAAGAAUAAAUCCUUAGAACUUGAGAUUUUGGAAGAAGAUGUCUCAGGGGUAGAAUUCCGUCAAACUGGAUAUAUGCUGAGAUGCUCUCUUUCUCAUGCAAUUACUUUGGAGUUCUAUCAGGAUGGGAAUGGACCAGAGAAUGUUGGCAUUUACAAUCUAUCCAAAGGAGUGAAUAGGUUCUGUCUCUCAAAACCUGGUGUGUAUGAAGUAACACCACGUUCCUGUCACAGAUUUGAGCAUGAAUACUAUACCUAUGACACGUCUGCUCCAAGUAUUCUGACACUGACUGCAAUUCGGCAUCAUGUCCUUGGAACAAUAACAACAGACAAACUGAUGGAUGUGAUGGUUACCAUUAAAUCCUCAAUCGACAGUGAACCUGACUUAGUGCUUGGUCCAUUGAAAUCACAGCAGGAAGUGCGCCGUGAGCAGCAGCUCGCUGAAAUUGAGGUCCGUAGACAAGAGAGAGAAAAGAAAGGGCUGGAGGAAGAAGGGUCUGAGCCACCGGUACAGGAAAUGGUGGAGGAACUGCAAGGACCAUUCCACUAUGAGUUCUCCUACUGGGCAAGGUCUGGUGAGAAGAUCAUGGUGACACCAUCCUCAAAAGAGCUGCUUUUCUAUCCACCUUCAAUAGAAACAGUUGUCAGUGGAGACAGCUGUCCAGGGAAGCUGAUAGAAAUCCAUGGAAAAGCAGGUUUGUUCCUGGAAGGAGCCAUCCAUCCAGAAUUGGAAGGUGUUGAGAUUGUCAUUAGUGAAAAAGGAGCACCAUCACCCCUCAUCACUAUUUUCACAGAUAACAAAGGUUCCUAUAGCGUGGGUCCACUCCACAGUGACCGAGAAUACACUGUUAGUGCCCAGAAAGAAGGAUUUGUCUUGAGUGCUGUGGAAGGAACAGUUGGGGACUUCAAAGCUUUUGCUUUGGCUGGAGUCACUUUUGAGAUUAAAUCUGAAGAUGACCACCCUCUUGCUGGGGUCCUCCUCUCCCUGAGUGGUGGAGUGUUCCGCUCAAACCUUCUAACUCAAGAUAAUGGCAUGCUGACCUUUUCCAACCUGAGCCCAGGACAGUACUACUUCAAGCCCAUGAUGAAAGAAUUUCGAUUUGAACCUUCAUCUCAAAUGAUUGAAGUGCAGGAAGGACAGAACCUUAAAAUCACCAUUAUUGGUUACAGGACAGCAUACAGCUGUUAUGGAACUGUUUCCUCUUUGAAUGGGGAACCUGAACAAGGGAUUUCUGUGGAAGCUGUCGGACAGGGACAGUGUAGCAUAUAUGGAGAGGACACAGUGACCGAUGAAGAGGGCAAGUUCAGACUGCGGGGCCUUCUGCCUGCUUGUAUGUAUUACAUCCAACUGAAAGCAGAAGGCAACGAUCAUAUUGAAAGAGCCCUUCCUCAGUACUCUGCAAUUGAGGUUGACAACAGUGACAUUGACAAUGUGAAUAUUAUCGCUUUCCGCCAGAUUAACCAGUUUGAUCUAAGUGGAAACGUGAUCACCUCUUCUGAGCAUCUCCCUACCUUAUGGGUAAAGCUUUACAAAAGUGAAAACCUUGACAACCCAGUUCAUACUGUCUCUUUAGGCCAGUCCUUAUUCUUCCAUUUUCCACCACUACUUCGGGAUGGAGAGAAUUAUGUGGUGCUUUUGGAUUCAACACUUUCAAAAUCCCAGUAUGACUAUACCUUACCUCAAAUAUCUUUUACCACGAUUGGUUACCAUAAACACAUCACACUGGUUUUCAACCCAACGAGGAAACUGCCUGAACAGGACAUUGCACAAGGAUCGUACAUCGCUUUGCCACUAACACUGCUGCUUCUGUUGGCUGGUUACAACCAUGAUAAGUUAAUUCCUUUGCUGCUCCAGCUAACAAGCCGUCUCCAAGGGGUGCGUGCGCUUGGGCAGGCAGGUUCCGACACAGGGGGACUUGAGGACAUGAAGAGGCAAGCCAAGAAACAGAAGAUGAGGCGGACGUGAGACAGAAGAAGCACUCCUGUGAAUUUACUUUUUUCACCUGGCAUCGCUGCUGAAAAGAACUGAAAGUGAGACUGGUGAAGACUUCUCUUCACAUCUGAGCCCUUGACUCAUUGUACUUCCAUCCAUCUGACAUGGGGAUGACUGAACAUCACAGUUGAUUUUAAAAAUGACUCAACUGGCUUUAGUCACAGAAAAAUAAUUGCCGUACUAAAGGUGGUACUGGGACAGUGUUUUGUUUGAGAACAUAAAUUGUUUUUGUUCAUUUGAGAUUCACUAAAACAAGAAUAAAACACUGAUUUCACCUCCCA